AACAGCGAUGUCCCCUGUAGAACAUUGCUGUUCUGGUCAAAAUUUUCAAAAAAAAAAUAUCCGUUGGCUGUAGCAUUAACUUCUCCAACAGCCAUAAUUUUGAAAAUCAGGCUGUUGGACACCACCUUUCCUAUAAAUUGGGACCCACUCUCUUCACUUUUACACACACAAACACAAACUCCUUCAAUAUCUUCACAUAUUUCAUCCUCUCCACUCUAAGUUUUUGAGUUUUCUUCACAAUGGCCAAAGAUAAGAACAAGGCAGGAGCUUCCGGUAAAUCCAAGGCCAAAUCCCGGGCACUGGUAACCAAUCCCGAGGAUCGCAUCGACUACGGCGACGGGACGUAUCUCUGGUUUGAUUCCGAGGAGGAGCGCACCCGAUUCCUCACCUUUUUCUCCAAACGGGUUGUGGCUCCCCCACGGAUCAUCCCGGAGCGUUACCCGGAGUUGCAGGGCUACGACGACCUUGACGCACAGCUUCAUCAAGCCGGCCUCUGGCCGUUCGUCUCUCGGGCACGCAAGGAGAUCAACCCGGCGCUGGUUCGGGCAUUCUACUCCAACCUCCGCCGUGAGGACGACGUGCUCUACUCGCUCGUCAAGAGCACGCCAAUCGAGCUCACCGUGGAGCGGCUUGGGCGCAUCGCCGGCCUCCCCUUCCAAGGCGACGAUGUGUCACACUAUGGUGGAGAGGAUUGGGUGCUCAACAACGAGGGCCUUAUCCUCAACGAGCUUGGCAUCACCGAGCUCAAACGCCAUGCCUCGGGCCGCCCAACCAUCCACUCCGCCAAACCCGAAGGCCGUCUAGCCCUUUACAUCGUUACCCCCAUCCUCAAACCCAGGAAGCACGGCCACACAAUCAUGCACGGUGAAGACCUUAAGCUCAUCCAUGCAAUCAUGCACUCGGCCCUAAUCAAUUGGGCAAAGUUUGUCAUGAUAAACAUGACGAUUGCGGCGUCCACCGAGCACGACCAACUCCUCCCGUACCCGUUCUUGACAAUCAGCAACCAAACCUUCCUCAAGCGGUCGGACAACACCGCGGCUGCCACUGCCGAGCCAAGUCGCACUGCCCCUGCCACUGGCCCAGCCGGACCCCAGGCCCGAGCCAACCUUGCCUCCAUCGCCGACUCCCUCAACCGGCUCCACCUCAAAGUUGACGGGAUGGGUGGCUACCUUGAAUGGCUCGACGUGGCUGUUCAACGCCAAGGAUACGCGAUGAACUCGUACUUCCAAGGCAUCAACUACGUCCCCCCACCGUACCACGGCACGUUCUUCGGGCAAGUGUACGGUGACGAAGACGAAGCCGAUGACUCCUACGCCCCGUCAAGCUCCCCGGAUGAAGACGAGUUCGACGAUGCCGUUGAUGGUGAUGAGAUGGACGUCGACGACGACGAGGAGGCAACCGCAGACGAAGACUAGGAUACCCUAGAAUUUCUAUCUCUUUUACCUUAAUUAUCGUUUUUUUAAUACUUCCGUUUUACUCAGCCAUUUCCCUUUAUUAAAUAAAAUCAUUUCGUUUUAUCUUUUUGUUAAUGUCAAAAGGGGGAAGAAAAGGGCUAUGCAUAU